AUGGCGACUGUCGAGAUGGAGGUGCUCGAGGGCGGUACCCUCCAGACUGCCAAGGACUUGUUUUCCGGCGCUAUGGGAGGAAUCGCGCAGGUACUGAUUGGCCAGCCCUUCGACAUUGUCAAAGUCCGACUCCAAACCACCAACCAGUACUCCGGAGCCCUGCAGGCCGCCACGUCCAUCUACAAGCACGAGGGCGCUCUCGCCUUCUACAAGGGGACCCUCACGCCGCUCCUCGGCAUCGGCGCCUGCGUCUCCGUCCAGUUCGGCGCCUUCCACUCGGCUCGACGAUGGUUCGAGGCGCGCAAUGCCGCCGCCAGCCCCGGCCCCCACGAGACGGCGCCCCCCCUCGCGUACAGCCAGUACUUUGCCGCGGGCGCCUUCGCCGGCCUUUCCAACGCCGUCCUGUCCGCGCCCAUCGAGCACAUCCGCAUCCGCCUCCAGAGCCAACCUCACGGCCGCGCGCGCCUGUACGACGGGCCCCUGGACUGCGUGCGCAAGCUGGCCGCCCACCGGGGCGUGCUGCACGGCCUCUACCGCGGCACCGCCGUGACCCUCUGCCGCGAGGCCACCGCCUACGGCGCCUGGUUCACCGCCUUUGAGUACAUGAUGAACGCGGAUGCUGCCCGCAACCGCAUCGAUCGCAGGGACGUGCCCGCCUGGAAGAUCGCCUUGUACGGUGGGCUGGCCGGCGAGGCCCUCUGGCUGGCCAGCUACCCCUUUGACGUCGUCAAGAGCAAGAUGCAGACGGAUGGCUUCGGCGCCCAGCAGAGGUACCCGACCAUGCGGAGCUGCUUCGCCGCCACCUGGCGAGCUGAUGGCUUCCGAGGCUUCUGGAAGGGCAUCUGGCCUACUCUGUUUCGCGCCAUGCCCGUCAGCGCAGGGACUUUUGCCGUGGUGGAGAUGACAAUGAGGGCCAUCAGCUAA